AUGGCAAAGCGGUUUUAUCAAGUUCAAGUAAAGAAUGGGAAAACUACUUCGUUUUGGCUCGAUAAAUGGUCCUCUUUGGGGUGUUUGUUGGAUGUUGUUUGUACAAGUGGAUAUAUUGAUAUGGGGAUUGGGAAAUAUGCUAUGGUAGAGGACGUAGCAAAUCAUCGCAGACGGAGGCAUCGGGUUCCGUUUCUUAAUCUGGUGGAAGAGGAGAUUACUAAAUGGAAAGAAGCAGCUUCGGUUGAGGAGGAUGUUGGAUUAUGGAAAGUAAAUGAUGAGAAAUACAAAAACAGGUUCUCCACUAAAACAACUUGGGAAUUGUUGAGAACAAGAAGAGCUAACUGUAAUUGGAGUAAUGGAGUCUGGUUCAGAUACGCAACUCCAAGGUUUGCUUUUCUCACAUGGUUAUCUAUGCAUAAUAGAUUAGCCACAGGUGAUAGGAUGUUGAAAUGGGGAGGAACUGUUAACUCUGCUUGUUCGUUGUGUGAUGAUCCCCUAGAAACUAGAAACCACUUGUUCUUUGAGUGUAGAUUCUCAACAGUCGUAUGGAAAAAUCUUGCAAAAGGAGUGAUGGGAGAUGAGUUUACGAGUUCUUGA